GCGCCGCGCCCGCCCUCUCCCCAGUGCGUUUCGGCCUCGCCACCAUUUUGUGCUGGCGAUCGCGGCUCUUGCUGCUUUACCCUGCCUAGUCCCGCGCGCGUGAGAGCCGGAGCAGCAGCGUCAUGGCGGAGAGUCAGUCAGCUGCCGGGCUAGGGGAGUGUGCGCCCCUGGGCGGGGCGGCUCCCCCAGGCUCGGAGCCCGAGACCCGGCGGCUGAGCGAGCUGCGGGUGAUCGACCUGAGGGCCGAGCUCAAGCGCCGCAACCUGGACAGCGGCGGCAACAAGAGCGUCCUGAUGGAGCGGCUCAGGAAGGCCAUUGAGGAAGAAGGGGGAGACCCUGAUGAAAUGCCAGUGCCUUCGGAAGUUAGCAAUAAAAGAACACCAAAGAGGAUUAGCAAAGGGCGAAAACCAGAAGAAGGCAUUGAAGACAACGGACUGGAGGAAAAUUCUAGAGAUGAACAGGAGGAUAUUGAAGCAAGUUUGGAUAACUUGCAGGAUAUUGACAUGAUGGAUAUUAGUGUAUUAGAUGAAGCUGAAAUAGAUAAUAGCAGUGCUGUAGAUUGUGGAGAUGAUUACAGUGCUGAUAAUAUUCUUGACUCACUGUCUGAUAGUAAAGACAAUAUUGAUGCAGAAAUGAAAGAACUUCCAGACCAACUUACAGAAAAUGAGGAAGACUAUGAGGAAAUUGGAAACAACUUAGAUGCUGCCUCAUCUGAUUUAAAUAUCAUGAAGAAAAUCGAGGAAUCACCCUUGGAGCCAGAAAAUGAGAAAAUACUCGAGAUUUUGGGGGAAACUUGUAAAUCUGAACCACUUAAAGAAGACAUUUCCGAAGUGGAGCAGCCAUAUGCACAAGAAGAGGAAGCAAAGCAUUUAGUUGUAGCAAAAGGGGAGACAAGUGAACAGACAAUAGAUGAAGAGAAAAUGGACUCUGAAUCUUUAGUAAUAAGUGAUCAGAGUAGCAAACCAUCACAAGGUCUGGAAGCCUCUAGUGGGGAAACAGCGGAUAAAGGUGCAGGUCUUGAAACCGAAGAUAGUAAAGAAGAUGCCAAGAAAACAGAAGACAAAGCUAAUUCUGAAGAAUCAUCUGCUACUAAAGAGUCCUCUACCAAUGAGGGCGGUGAUCAGAAAAAGAGCCCUGAGGAGGACAGAGAUGCAAAGACAGUGUCAAAAGAUGAGAGAGGUCGUGCUAGUAGCAGUUCUGGUAGAAACUUUUGGGUGAGUGGACUUGCCUCCACCACUAGAGCUACAGACUUGAAGAAUCUUUUUAGCAAAUACGGAAAGGUGAUUGGUGCAAAAGUGGUGACCAAUGCUCGCAGUCCUGGUUCUCGCUGCUAUGGGUUUGUUACAAUGUCUACGGCUGAGGAGGCAACAAAAUGUAUUACACACCUUCACAAAACAGAGUUACAUGGAAAAAUAAUUUCUGUAGAAAAAGCAAAAAAUGAACCUGCUGGGAAAAAACCUACAGAGAAAAAAGAAAGUGAAGCGAAGAAGGAGACAGUUGUCAGUGAGAGGUCUGGCAGUGUUAAAAAGGAUGAGAAGGCUGACCAACAAGAUGAUGCUAAGAAAGCAGAAGGAAAAGAAGAAAAAGAAGAGAAGGAUAAAGAUGAGCUGAAGUCUGGGUCAUCAGAUCAACUGAAGACGACAAAAUCAGGAAGUAAGGGAGCAGAGAGGAUAGUAGUAAUGGACAAAUCCAAAGGAGAACCUGUUAUUAGCGUGAAAACUUCAACAACAUCAAAAGAGAGAAGCCUUAAGAGCCAGGACCGCAAAUCAGAGAGCAAAGAGAGACAAGGUAUUGUGCCGUUCGACAAAAUCAAAGCACAGCGAAAAAUUAGAGAGGCAGAACAACGCCGCACCCGUGAGCGUCGGGAGAGACAGCAGCAUUUGCAAACCAUACGGGAACGAGAAGAAAGAGACAGACUUGAGAUAGCUCGAGAGCGCCUACAAAUUGAACGAGAGCGCCUUGAGCGAGAGCGGAUGGAAAGAGAGCGCCUGGAGAGAGAACGGAUGCACAUAGAACAUGAAAGGAGACGAGAACAGGAUCGCAUACAGCGAGAGAGAGAGGAGCUGCGUCGUCAGCACGAGCAACUUCGCUAUGAACAGGAACGGCGAUCGGCGUUGAGAAGACCAUAUGACAUAGAUGGGAGGCGAGAUGACUCCUACUGGCCAGAGGCAAAGCGAAUGGCGAUGGAUGACAGAUACCAUUCUGAUUUUAGCCGCCAAGAUCGCUUCCAUGAUUAUGACCACAGGGAUCGUGGCCGAUACCAAGACCAUUCUAUGGACAGGAGAGAAGGAUCAAGAACAGUGAUGGGAGAUCGCGAUGGGCAGCAUUAUGCAGAUGAGCGCCAUGGAGGACCAGAUCGUCAUUCACGAGACUCACGGGACAGUUGGGGUGGCUAUGGAUCUGACAGAAGAAUGAGUGAAGGAAGAGGGAUACCUCCACAGUCUCGAGAUGGACGUGAUUGGGGAGAUCAUGGUCGAAAGUUUGAGGGACAUAAAGAUCGUUCAUGGCAGGGCAGUGCAGAUGGAGGAAUAAUGGGGCGGGAUCAUGAGAGAUGGCAAGGUGGUGGUAGAGGCAGACCAGGCCAUGCAGUACAUCGGGGAGGCCUGUCAGGGCGUGGAGGCUUCAUGCAGAGUGGCAACCAAGGCCAGAUGAUGCAUGGUGGAGGGAUUCAAGGGGAAGGAUUUGCAGGCCAGGAGAGAGCAAACAGACCCAGUGACCCCCGUUUCAACCGUCGCUACUGAAUGUGUUUUAAUUUUUUAAUGUGAGAUGGCAACAGAGGUGAAUUCUCUAUUACCCAGGGUUAUCAUUAACUGUAACUGAUGGGUUACCAUAAAUGUGUAAUUUUUUAAGCUGCUGCCACAUUAUAUAGCUCACUACAAUGUGAACUCCUUUGUUUUUGUAAUGUGUUGUUCAUACCCCAUUUAAAAUGUUAGUCGAUGAAGCAUUCCAUUUUCCAUAAAUAAAACCAGUUUACAGUUAA